AUGUCUGGAGCUGCUAAACGGGUGGCAACGUCGAGCAUCAACUGGGCAAAAUUAGGUUUAUUCCAAUAUUCUCGAUUAUUUUCUGGUUUUGUUAUUUAGGAGAGCGCCUUAUUCCGGAGCAUGCUGGAGAGCUUUCGCGUAUCAAGGGAGUCAGUGGUACUUUCCAGUCUGCGGUCAGCCAACUCCCGGCAGAUCUUCCCAAGGUUCGCAGUCUCGAAAUAACGAAUUGAUUGACCCAAAGUUAAGCAGGGUUCUGAGCGAGCGAUUGCUAUUUACCCCGUCGCCGUAAAUCAGUUGUUAAUUUUGAAAUUUUGCAUGUUUUUGAUAAGUAGAUAUAAAAAAGUAAUUUUUCGAAGCGAUUUUUCUUCCACCAUGAGCAGAAUUUUUUAAAUUGCGGAACUGAUGUUUCAAACCUUUUUUUCAUUUUUUUUUUAAAUUCAAGUUCAAAUCGUUCUGGAAAACUAACAUUCAGUAGAACUGCACAAAUAAAACUAUAGCUUUUCCACUUCAUCCCUUCAAUAUUCUGAAAAAAAAAAUUUAUCUUUAAUUUCAAUUAUGCUCCAGGUCGAUUUCGCUGCUUUGAAGAAAGAGCUUCCUGCACACGCAGCUGUUCUUGAUUCCCUUCAGAAGCAGUUCGAGUCAAUCAAAAUUCCGUACGGAGAGAUUCCUGCUGAAUAUGCCAAGGUGACUUUGAUUAAUGGGUGCAAGUUUUCAAAAAGAAUCGAUUCAGGAAAUUGAACAAUGGACUGAGUACAACAAUGCCCGAAUUAAGCUCCAUGAGCUCAAGGUCGCAGAUGGUCUGACAGAGGCCAAGAAGGUGAGUGGUUUUUUUUUUCAACGUACUUUCAUUUUUGCUCUCUAUUUUUCAUAAGAAAACUCCAUUCGUCAUCAGAUUCAUUUCUUAUACGAAUAAAUAAUCACUAAGUUUUUUUUUAGCGAAAAUGAUUUCCUAAUAAAGUGCGGGACAUCAUUUUUUUUCAUUCAUCAUUUACUCAAUACGAAUAAUAAUACAGUUCAAGGACCAAAAUGACAUCUAGCAGAACCAAUUUUCAAAGAGGGGCAUGUAAAAAUUGAAAACAGAAGCAAAAAUUUUGAAAAUUAGAGGAUAUUUUAAAAAAGACGGCGAAAAGAUGGGGGUUUCGAAUCGCAUAGGAUUAUUAGAUAGAUCAAACACAACAUUGGAAAGUGAGUUCCUUCUUUCUAUCAUGACAAAAACAGGCAGUAUAGGGAAUUGGAGCCUUCCUUGUAGAUCUUCAAAGUAGGCACAAAGGGGGAUGGGAAACUUGUAAGUAAUGCUAAAAGAGAAAAAGAAAGAAUGUUAAGUUUAUCGAAAAUAAAUAAUGUGCAAAAAAUCCCGGUUGUAGUGGACCAGGAAACUCAUCCCUCAGUGUUUCGUAAAUGAAGCUAUUUUGGUCUGAAAAACAUCAUUCAGUGCUUCCUUUCUGCCAUCUAGGGCUAAUACUCGUCUCUCUUUGUCAUUGAGAGUCAUCUGUGAAAUAAGGAUGUGACAUUAAACACAUUUACUAUCUUUUGGAAACAUAAGUAUAAUGAAGUCCAUUUUACUACGCGAUAGGCAAUAGGGAUUUUUCUGAGAGUUGGCCGGAACACUCCUUUAUUUACCAAAAGAAGGUUCUGAAAGUCUCAAACUGCAAAACUUCCUUGUUUUUGAGAAAUAUAGGCUCAAAGUUUAAAAAUAUCUAUUUAAAAAGAUUUUGAAGGAUUUCUUCGAAUUUAAGAUGUCAUUUUUGGAAGUUUAGAAAAUUGUGCAAGUUGAAACUUUCAGAAUUUUCGGGUUUAUCAGAUAGUUUUCUGGCCAAUUUUCAGGGAAUUCCCAACCUUAAAAUAAAAUUAUCUACCUUCUGAUUAAGUCGCGGAACGGUUUCUGACAUUACUACUUUUUCUGAUUCAUGUUUUGAUACUUUUUUUUAACACCAAACGGAUCUUUUUUUUUACAAAAAUGCUGAAAGAAAAAUCUCGCUGAAUCUUGAUUCGCAAAACAAAUUCUACGAAAAAGUCAACGGGAAUUCGAGAAGUUCUCAUUCAAAUAAAUCCUCCUCAUCGCUGAAUUUUGCAAGUUCUUUUUACAAGAAUGAUGUUUCAGGUUGAAGAAAAAUGGGCCAAGGCUCCUCCCGUCGAACAUUUCGAUCGUCAGCACUUUGCCGAAUAUUUCCCUUCGCACUUCUACGACCUGCGCUACGAAAACAGGUAUUUCUUUUUUCAACCAGUUACUCACGAUUCGGUAUAGGUAUUUUUUUGUUGCUAAACACAAGGAAGACUCGAUUAAAAUAUUCUUUCCUGACCUUCCACCCUUCGACUAGUAAUCGGAUUAUUAAAGUGGUUAUCUGUGCAAGUUUCUGAGUUAUCAAAUUCUCAAACUAUGCGUUCAAUACAUAAUCAUUCCUGGAAUUAGUGUUCUGCAAAUUCAGGUGAAUAUGUCUCAAAAACUGGAGGCUUGCGCCGAUUUCCACUUAGAAAUUUCGGACUUGCGUCAUAAUCCAUAGAACAACGGUUGAAAAAAUCAUAAACAUUUUAAAAGUUUACUGAGGAGUGGUGUGACCUUUUUUUAUAUUGAACCCUUCUUGAAAAAAAAAUCCUAAAUAAUUUUCUUCAGAAUCCCUGAUCCUUGCAACAUCGGAUUGAACGAAACGCCAGAAAUCGAAGCCCGAUUCAAGGACUACAAGGUAUGCUAACUUUUCCAUUCGCACUACGUUCUCAAUUCAAAAAUGUUUACAGGUUUUGCGCCGUGCUGAUAAGGUCGACGACCAUUAA